CGACCUUCCAAAUCACUGCGAACUGCCCGCUGCCCGCUGUCUGCCGCUCAUUGCCCACCGCCCACUGCCCGCUGCCCACUACUCGUCACCCCUUACCCACCGCCCUCUAACCCACCGCGAGUUGCGAGGCUGUGCGUACGCGUAUCAUGCCAGGACGGACGGCAAGAGUGGCCAAAGACUCAAAUUUACUUCGCCUGCAGACCUGAUUGCUAUCUGUCGCCCUCCCCGAACGUCGCCAUCCGACUCUGCAAACACCUUCACUGUCAACCUUUGUGACCCGUUCCCCUUUCAUAAACUUCCGCUUGUGCCCCUGUCAAACCUGCCCUGUCCCGAGUGAUCUGCCACCGCCCAUCUCCUGUUGCUUCUUGUAAAGUACUACUACCCCACAAUCAACCUCGCUCCCUUCCGAACCAACACUUCGCAGCGCACCGCCGCUGCACCCAUCACCCACUGCUAGACUGUACCCACACAGCCGCCAUGUCGUGGAAGUUGACCAAGAAGUUGAAAGAGACGCAUCUGGCGCCGCUCGCCAACACCUUCAGCAGAAGCUCAUCCACCGCUACCAUCACGCCAGAAGCCCCCCAACAGACGCCACGGCCAUCUAGCACCGACGGCAGUCCUCUCUCCCAGGUCAGCACACUGACGGCCGCCAAAGACCCGAACAAUGUUGCAUACUCAGAAGCGAACGCGGCAGCGCCGGCAGCGCCGCUCAAGCCUGGCAUCCUCAUAGUCACCUUGCACGAGGGCAGAGGCUUCCAAUUGCCUGCCCACCUGGAGGAGAAAUGGCAGCCGUCCCAUCACGCAGGCUCGCUGUCGCAGGGCGGUGGAUUCUCCGUCGCAGGCUCCAUGCGGCCCAACUCGUCCAGAGAUCCGAACCUUGCAGGUUCGUACGUGCGAGGCGGCCGCCCGCAGUCUUCGGCAGGUGCUAUCAACGCAGCCCCCACAAUUCAUGGUCGUUACAACAGCAGACAUUUGCCCUAUGCGCUCAUCGACUUCGACAAGCAGCAGGUCUUCAUCAACGCCGUGUCUGGUACGCCUGAGAACCCCCUCUGGGCUGGCGAGAGCACACAGUACAAGUUUGACGUCUCGCGCCCAACCGACAUCAGCAUUUCGCUGUACAUCCGCAAUCCCAAUGCACCUCCUAACUCGGCUCGUACCGACGAUGCCUUCAUCGGCACGCUGAAAGUUAAUCCGCGCUUCGAGGAGGUCGCCCUCGGCCCCGCGCAGGCGCAGGACGACGCGAAACUAAGCAAGAAGGACAAGGAGAAGGCAGCCCUGGCUAGAUCUGAGCAAGAGAAGGAAGGUGGACAGGUAGGUACGCAAUGGAUUGACGUUCAAUUUGGCGCCGGUCAAAUGAAGGUUGGCGUGCACUUUGUCGAGAACCGACAGCGUUCGCUCAAGAUCGAAGACUUUGAGCUACUCAAGGUCGUUGGCAAGGGCUCGUUCGGCAAAGUCAUGCAGGUCCAGAAGAAGGAUACCCAUCGUAUCUACGCGCUCAAGACCAUCCGCAAGGCGCACAUUAUUUCGCGGUCCGAGGUCGCGCACACGCUGGCCGAACGCUCCGUCCUCGCCCAAAUCAACAAUCCCUUCAUUGUUCCCUUGAAGUUUUCCUUCCAGUCGCCAGAGAAACUUUACCUUGUGCUAGCUUUCGUCAAUGGCGGCGAACUGUUCCAUCACUUGCAGCGGGAGCAGCGCUUCGACGUCAAUCGCGCGCGCUUCUACACUGCAGAGCUGCUCUGUGCUCUUGAGUGCUUGCAUGGUUUCAAUGUCAUCUACCGUGACUUGAAGCCAGAAAAUAUUCUUCUUGACUACACCGGCCACAUCGCGUUGUGCGAUUUCGGCUUGUGCAAGUUGGACAUGAAAGACGAAGAUAGGACGAAUACCUUCUGCGGUACACCUGAGUACCUCGCCCCGGAACUGCUGACAGGCGGUGGCUACACUAAGACAGUCGACUGGUGGACUCUCGGUGUUCUACUGUACGAAAUGCUGACGGGCCUUCCUCCCUUCUACGACGAAAAUACAAAUGAGAUGUAUCGGAAGAUCCUCACAGAGCCAUUGCACUUCCCGGGACCAGAGAUCGUUCCACCCGCUGCACGCGACCUCCUGACGAGGCUACUUGAUCGCAAUGCAGAGAAGCGACUAGGUGCCAAGGGUGCGAGCGAGAUCAAGACGCACCAUUUCUUCCAUAGCAUCGACUGGAGGAAGCUUUUGGAUCGCAAGUACGAGCCUACCUUCAAACCUAGCGUUGUUGAUGCACGUGACACUGCCAAUUUCGACCGUGAGUUCACGUCCGAGCCACCCACUGACUCGUACGUCGACGGGCCAAUGCUGUCAUCCACAAUGCAGCAGCAGUUUGCAGGUUGGUCGUACAAUAGACCUGUCGCCGGGCUGGGGGAUGCAGGAGGGAGUGUCAAGGACCCGAGCUUCGAAAACGUAGCGUAGAGAAUGCCCAAGAGAAAACCAAGACGAUGGCGGAAGCAGUAUCAUGUGAGAAUUCGGGGAAGCUGGGAGGCCUAGGCCACAAAGGGGGGGAACUUCGUUAGGUUUAUACAGUUCUUUGCUUUUCCCUCCUUUCUUUUCAAAGCGUGGCGGAUGCUGCUUCCACAUGCUCCUUUUUCAACGCCGUCGCCCUUAUUCUUCUUUCGACAUGAGAAAAAAAAAAGAGAGAGACUACAUCUAGCCCUCCCUUUUUGUUCUUGACGCAUAGUGUAUACAGAGGCUUGGGCGAGGGCGUUUUUUGCUACGGGAUCUGUUUUUUGUUCUGCUCGAGACAGCCGUUCAUCCUCUGGACCCACAUCCAACAAAGACAAGGGAGACAUGGUCUCAUGGUAGAUAUCAAUUUCGAAUGAGGACUUUUAUGA